AAUAGAAACGAAAUAGCAGUGGCAAAAGAACUCACUCUGCGGAAUAUUUACAGUGAAAGAACGUCUCUGUCGCCAUAUCUAUUAAACCAAAGUUUUCUUUGCACAUUUUUGUAACCCUUCAAACGUGCCCGAUCCAAAAUAAUUAGAUUUUAGGCACAGCUUCAGAUCGCGGUGAAAGACACGAGGAUUGAAAAUAAAUUCUGUUCAAAACGCUGGUGUGGUUGCCCUCACAUUGUACAUUGUACAGGGAAAAUAAUUCUUCGUUUGCAACCACGUGACUAAAAAUGUAUACGUCAUCAGCGUCGCCAUUGCUGGUGGACCAAACACCAAAACAAAAUGGCGACCGCGAACAUUUCUUCGGUCAAUAGCGUCACUUUCUCUGAAUAUUACUCUCCUCUAGCUGGUCCAACCAAAGAAAGAUACCGAGAAAAAGUUAAUUUAUGUGGUUUUGACCCAUAUUUACUCAAGCCAAGUCAAUGUAGCGAUGAUUUAGCUGAUUUUACCUGCGUAGAAUACCCUGACAUUGUGAACUAUCUUGUGCUACAAACCUCGUGGGCAACAGGACAGCAAAUGAAGGCCUACAAGUCCUUAGAAGCAUACAAUUUCUUUGUUUCUGGAUGGGUCAACAGCAUUUUAACUAAAAAAGUCACUUCCCCAACGAGAAUCCUUGUCACUGGUAGAAUAAAUCAUUCUCAACGAAGUAGAGCUACUCCACUGAAGAGUUGGUUUCUAGCAGAGAAAAGCGGCGAAGUCAUAGUUGCUCACUGUAACUGUAUGGCGGGUCUAAGCGAGGCUUGCUCACAUAUUGGAGCUCUAUUGUUUGCAGUUCAGGCUGGAGCACGAAUGCUUAGCUCUACAACCUGUACACAAGAAAAAGGCAAAUGGAUAAUGCCAAGUUACGUUAAAGAAAUCCCAUAUAUGCCUGUUAGUGAGAUGGACUUAACUUCGGCUAAGCGUCUGAGAAAACAAAUUGACGAACCAGAAACGGUUAAAUUAACUAGUAUUAAACAACGAUCUGACAUUGAAAUGCCUUCUGUUGAAGAGAGAACUGAUUUCUAUAACGAACUAUCAGGCCAUUGUAAAUCAGCCAUUUUAUCACUCAUUCCCACUCACAAUACCUUAUAUAUGCCACAUGAAGUAAAUCAAGACCUUCCAAAGACAGUUAUAGAACAAAUUCAGCUUAAAUACUCUACUUAUAAAAUUUGUGAUGCUAUACAACAAAUAGAUGAAGUAUUUGAGUGCCUUACUGUCAGUGAUAAAGAAGCAGAAGCUAUAGAAAGUACCACUAGAGACCAAUCAGACUCAAAGUUAUGGUUCUCACAAAGAGCAGCCAGAAUUACAGCAUCUAAAUUCAAGGCUUGCUGUUCAACAAACCCAGAAUUUCCUUCGAGAAGUCUUGUUAAAGUGAUAUGCUACCCUGAAGCCCACAAGUUCUCAAGUGCAGCAACAAAAUGGGGAAUAGACAAUGAGUGCAAAGCAAGAGAGAGCUAUUCAUUCGCAAUAGCUUCUGAUCACCUCAAUUUAUCUGUUGCUGAUUGUGGAUUUUACAUAAAUGUGAAAUGGCCUUUUUUAGGAGCAUCACCAGAUGGUCUAGUAAUGUGUGAUUGUUGUGGCAUUGGACUGUGCGAAAUAAAGUGUCCAUACAAGCAUCGAAAUACCACAAUAGCAGAAUCUUUGAAUGACAAGGGAUUCUGUUUACACAUGAUAGAACAUGGCAGUAUACAACUUAACACCAACCACCAAUACUACCACCAAGUGCAGUGUCAGCUAUUUGUAACAGAUACUGCCUAUUGUGAUUUUGUUGUUUGGACAGAAGAAGAUUUGUUUUGCCAGCGUAUACUCCCUGAUGAAGAAUUCUGGAACACAAACUUACCAAAAGCUAUAUCCUUUUUCAAAAAAGGAUUGCUACCUGAAGUUUUAAAGAGCAUCUGCUGCGAACCAUCUGAAUUAGCACAAGACAGUGAUGAAGAUGGGCCAUGGUGUUUUUGCCAGGAGGACAUUGAAGAGAGCAUGCUAGUUAGAUGGGACAAGACAAACUGUUCUAUUAAGUGGUUUCACAUGGAUUGUGUUGGACUUAGUAUUGUACCAAAUGGUGAAUGGAUUUGCACUUACUGCUUAGAGUUAAGAUAACUUAAGUUCUCUGAGCAAACAGCUCAGUAACAUGUUUUUAAACAGUAUUUCAGUGUUGUACACAAUGUUACUGAAUGAUAGUUAAUGUGAAUAAUUUUAACAGCAUGCCUACAGCAUAUUUUUGAAAAACUUUACACAAAAUUACAUAAUACCAUACUUAAAAUUAGUUUUAAUAAUCAUUUGAUUGUGUAUUUUGAACUGUACAAUACAUCAGUUUUGAAUUUUCUUUUAAUCAGUAUUUCAAUACUAAAUGAAAUAAAAUAUUGUUUGUAAAAUGACGGAUACAUUACAUGUGAUAAUUUCUCUAUUGAAAUGGGACAAUUGACUCAGAAAGUGUGCCGAUUGCGACGUAGCGUGUGCCACGAUAACAAUGUUUUUUGACCAAUUUUUUCCGAUCUUUUUAGUUAUUACUUGGCAUUCCAACUUAUAUUGAUAAUAUACUCACCACUAAUAAAAUGGUUGCUGCAAA